AGUCCAUCCGGUGCGUCAUUGGCUGUCUGCGAGCAGCGGAGCUUCUACUUUGACAAGUGCGUCGGCUUCAUUUAAUCACAAAUGGAAUAAAGUCGACGAUGGAGUUCUUUCGGGGGAAUAUCUUCUUCUUUAUAGUAGUCUUUUCUGACAAGAUCUGGCACUCGCAGUCCUUCAAUGUCGGCACUGCAGGUGCCAAGAUUUUCAGUGGACCAGCGUUGGAAGAGUUUGGCUACACAGUCCAACAAGCGACAAAUCAUGAAGGCAAAUGGCUGCUGGUUAGUGCUCCAUGGAGUGGUUUCAGUCAAAACAGGAAGGGGGAUGUUUACAAGUGUCCAGUCUCAGGUUCCAGAAACAGCUGUGACAAGCUCAAUCUUCAAGAUUCUGUCACUAUUCCAGAUGUUAAAAAUAUGAAUAACAACAUGUGCCUGGGUAUGACUCUUGCCCGGAUGCCUGCAGUCAAUGGUUUAAUGAUGUGUGGUCCUCUGUGGGGACAGCAGUGUGGCAAUCAGGACUUCUACCCAGGAAUCUGUGCAAGAAUGAACCCCCUCUUUCAGCCUCAACCUGCCUUCGCUCCUGCCAUCCAGAAAUGCGGAGGACCCAUGGACAUUGUGAUUGUUUUGGAUGGCUCAAACAGCAUUUAUCCAUGGGGUCCAAUGACCGAUUUCCUCAAGAAAUUAAUACCUGGGCUUGAUAUCGGACCCCAGGACACACAGGUCAGUAUCAUUCAGUAUGCCGUCGAUGCCAAGUUUGAAUUCAAACUGAACACGCACAGAACCAAAGAUGACAUGAUUGCUGCAGCAUCCAACAUCAGACAAAUGUAUGGUUCCUCUACCAAUACUUUCCAUGCGAUCCAAUAUGCCAGUCAGUGGGGUUUUGAUCAGACCAAUGGUGGUCGACCAGGCGCUGCCAAGGUGAUGGUGGUCGUCACCGAUGGGGAGUCUCAUGAUUCGGCUUUUAGAGACAACGUUAUUGCUGACUGCGAGAGACAAGGCAUCACCCGCUUUGGUAUCGCUGUCCUGGGUUAUUACAUCAGAAACAACAUUGAUACAGAAAACCUGAUAAAAGAAAUCAAGUCCAUCGCCAGUUUGCCUACAGAGAAGUACUUCUUCAAUGUGUCUGAAGAGGCAGCCCUUUCCACCAUUGCUGGAACACUGGGGAACCGUAUCUUCAACAUAGAAGGCACUGGUAAAGGGGCUGAUAAUUUCAAGAUGGAGAUGUCCCAGGUGGGAUUCAGCGCUCACUACUCCAGCCAACAGGAUGUGAUGAUGCUGGGAGCAGUGGGAGCCUAUGCUUGGAGCGGGACGGUCGUCCAUCAAACAGGGUCCAAAGUAGACAUUCUGCCUUUCUCAGACUUUGAGGGAGUACUUCAAGACAGAAACCACAGCUCAUUACUGGGUUAUUCUGUCACCACGCUGAGUGAUGGGCCCACAGAAUACUUUGUGGCUGGUGCGCCUCGCUCCAACCACUCGGGACAAGUUAUUGUUUACACUGUCAACACCCAGAAGCAAACUGCUAUCAUUGAUUCAGAAAGAGGGAAACAGAUUGGGUCAUACUUUGGAAGCGUCCUGUGCUCCCUGGACGUGGACAGAGAUGGGGUGACAGACCUCCUGCUGGUUGGUGCGCCCAUGUUCAUGAACGAGCUAAAGAGAGAAGAAGGCAGGGUCUACCUUUUCUCUGUCACUAAGGGUAUACUGAAUGAGCAGGGAUUCCUCAGCGGUUCUUCCUCAACUGAGAACGCACGGUUUGGGAUGGCGAUCUCUGCCAUUCCUGACCUUGACCUUGACAGCUACAAUGAUGUUGUGAUUGGAGCCCCCCUAGAGGACAAAGGAAAAGGUGCCAUCUACAUCUACAAUGGGGAGAAGAAGACAUUAAAUAAACAGUUCUCACAGAGAAUUCUCGGCUCCAAACUGGAUCCUCAACUGCAGUAUUUUGGAAGGUCCCUUGAUAGCUAUACAGAUCUGAAUGAUGAUACACUCCCUGACAUCUCCAUUGGUGCAUAUGGCAAAGUGGUGCAGCUUUGGUCCAGAGGUGUGGCAUCUGUCAGUACUAAAGCUUCUUUCACCCCCAAUAAAAUCAACAUUUUCAACAAACCCUGUAACAUUAAUGGACGGAAGCUUUCGUGUUUCAACAUCAAUCUCUGUUUCAAUGCUGCAUUCAGGCCUAAGAACCCCGUUGGACCCAUUGAUAUAUCCUACACUUUGACUCUGGACGCUGACCUGCAGGCUUCACGGGUGACAUCAAGGGGACUGUUCAGUAAAAACAAUGAACGCUUCCUCACAGAAAAGGCAAAAAUAUCAUCCACACCCUUGUGUCAAGACUAUCAAGUUUAUGUCCAGGAGACACCAGACUUUGUAAAUUCCCUUAGUCUGAAAGUAGAAAUCGAGCAGCAGAAUGCAGAUGUGAACCCUGUCCUCGACAUGUUUUCCUCAAGUGCCUGGGAGUUUUUCAUCCCCUUUACGAAAGACUGCGGCUCUGAUGACGUGUGUGUCAGUGAUUUAGUGCUGAGUGUGAAGACAGACACAAAGGCUAGCAGCUCCGCUCCUGUUCUGGUCAGCGCUAAUAACCGAGAACUGUCAUUUGACGUUGUUGUGAAGAACAAAAAGGAGAACGCAUACAACACUCAGGUGUUGGUCACACACUCCAGCAACCUCUACUACUCGUCCGUCUUUCCUUCCACAGAUGGAGUGAAAUGCACCUCAACACAAACUCAAGGUGUCACUUGCCAAGUGGGCUACCCAGCAUUAAAACAAGAGGAAGAGAUGAAAUUUAAGAUCAAUUUUGACUACAGUCUUGAUCAGCUGCAAAACCGAAUCAAGGUGGAAUUUGAGGCCAAAAGUGAUGGUAAAGAGGAGAGACCUGUAGACAACAAAGCUGACAUAUCCUUUCCUGUUCUGUAUGAUGCAGGGAUUGUUCUAUCAAGGGAGUCAAAUAUCAAUUUCUACGUGGCAGAUGCCGUUCCGGUAGUAACCACGGUGAAAACUCUAGAUGACAUUGGCCCAGAGUUUAACUUUACAGUGAAGGUUUCAACAGGUUAUUUCCCCGUCAGUCUUCUGUAUCUGACCAUUACUCUGCCAAUGGCCACUAAAGGAGGAAACCAGCUCCUCUAUGUCACCAAUGUGGACUCACAAGGAGGUUCUAUCAGCUGUGAUUCCAGCAACCUCGUUGAUCCUCUGAAGAUCGGUAUGAAGAGCCACAAAGAGUCCUUCUCUGAGGAGAGCCUGCGAGGCAUGGACAGACUGGACUGCAAAAGUGCAAAAUGCAAGUAUAUCAAAUGUGUCAUCAAAGACAUUGAAGUGAAGAGUGACUACUUUGUGAAAAUUAAAACAAGAAUCUGGAGUGGCACAUUUAUUACGGCCAGCUAUCAGACCAUUGAGCUGACAUCCAGUGUUGAUAUUGAAACCUCCAAUCCUGACCUGUUUGUAAUCAGCCCCAAACAGCUACCAGUGGUGCUGACAAUCAGUAAACCUGGAGAGAAAGGUGAUGUUCCAGUGGGAGUGAUUGUUGGCAGCGUCAUUGCCGGACUGCUGCUGUUGGCUCUGGCUGUUGGACUGCUGUGGAAGUUUGGGUUUUUCAAAAGAAAGUACCAGCAGCUUCAGAGGGAUGGCGACGAUGACGAGCGGAGCCGCGCACAUGCCGAUGAAGUGCUGUGAACUAAAGAGCAAACCUGCAACUUUUUCUCUGUACUGGACUCCUCUCAGUAUGGACUUGUGGUACUUGCACUGGGUCUUGCACUGGGUCUUGCAAAGUGCAAACAGUCUAGAGUUUAAUCACUGAAAGUUGGGCAUUUUCAUGAAUGAAAGCUGUUCAGUUUGUGGAUAACUGGGAUUCAGUCUUCUGUGCACGUUGCAGAGGAUCAUUGUUAUUGUCUUUAUUUUGAGCUCUGGGGACUGUAUACAUUCACUAUUUGCUGUUAUGCACUGACGUUGAACAAAUGUAAAAACUGUGGGUUUUCCCAACAUGAUAGGUAGCAACAGAGGCUAUGAUGCUUUUUCUAGGCCUCAGAUGACAUCGGAUGCAAAUGUUUCCAUCUUGAUUUUUACACCGUAAACACAUCUGUGUUACGCAUUGCCUUUUGUUUUGACAAAAUCUGGCCAACAUGGUUGUCAAAUAGCAACUGGAAAAAUCUUAUAAUGAUCAGUGAAAAUAGCUCAUUUGUCAGAUUCUAUAGCCAGUCAAUCUGUCUUGGCAUCCACUGUCACCUCUGGUACUCAGGGCUUUUCUUUCAUUGGGACUGUUGAUGUAAGUAGUGUAGAUAGCAAAAAAGUCUUCUGGAAAGAGUGAAAUUUGUCAUUACUUUGUUAAAUUGUGUUUGUGCUGUAUAUACUGUAAAAAAAAAUGAUGGUCUGCCAUAUUGGAUUUUAUAAAUGAAAAGAUUUGAGGCACAGUGAGUCCGUGGAUUACAUGUUUGUGUUAUUGAUGAUAUUUGUGAUAUUGAUGAUAUUUUGGGGGUUUUUUUUACCACUAGUUGCACAACUUGUCAGGUAUGAAUACUUUAGCAGCAUAUUCAUUGAAUCUGCAGCUGAACAAUAUUUACAGGAUUAAAUAAUCUGCUGAUUAUUUUCUUGAUAAAUAGUUUGAUUAUUGAUUUUUAAAAUGCCUAUCAGUUUCAUAAAUUUCAAUGGGAUGGUUUGAAAAUGGUUGUGGUUGUUUUGUCCAACAUGCAGUCCAGACUCUAAAGAUGUUUGCUUCGCUGUCCACUUGAGAAAGAAAAGCAGUGUAAUAUAUAUUUUUUUAAACCUUUUUUUCAAACCAUUUAAUCAGUCAUCAAAAUAUUUGCAGCUUAAGUUUUGCUGAUCAACUAAGUUAUUAGUGGACUAACUGUUUGAGCUCUAAUGCUGCUAAUCUACAGGACAAAAGGAGAAAAUGUCCUAUAUCAACAAAACACAUAGUGCAAAUACUGUUCACUACAAAGUGUUAUACUCAGAAAUGUAUCUGAGAUAAUUCAUGGUGGUUGCAAAAAAGUAGAAAAGUGAAGUGAAGUUUGAUCAAAGCUAAUUCUAAAUGUGUAUUGGCACAGCUUUGCCACUAGAUGGCAGCAUGAUAUAGAUGACAUGUUGACGCUGUUCAUUAAUUUUUUCACUGCUCUGUUGAUGACUUGACCACUUCUCUAUCACUUAAUACCUCGUAAUUUGUGACCCAUUUUGGAUUGUGAUUUUCUCUUGGGUUGGCUCCUCUCUUCUCUUGCUGGAACACCAUUAAAAAAACCUGACCUUGAAGGCAA